UUCCCUCCACCAACGUCAACUUUCCUGAACACCUUUCGGAGUUUACUUGACCUCAUUCUCUUAGAUGGUCAAACUCGGAAACCGUCACAGAUUAUCAUAGCGCCCCAGCACUAAUCACCCCUCUGGGUAGCCCUCUCCGACGUGUGUACCUCGUGGACAUCUUCGGUCCGAUCAACAACCCCUCUUUCCGGCGUAGCUACCAGAUAUACACAACGUCGACACCAUGGAGAACGAUGGCGGCGCCAAUGGCAACAAUGCGAACAAUGGCAAUAACAAUCGCCUGUUCCUGAACUUCAACAACAAUGACCGAUUUUCGCCCACCGAUCGGUCAUACCCGACAACACCAUCAACCUUCCCACAGCCUGUCUUCCAAGCCCAAGGCCAGAACAAUCAGGGGCAAGGCCAACCCCAGCAGCAACAGCAGCAGCAAAAUGGCUACACACCUGCCCAGGGAUACUUCAUGAACAACCCGUACCCGGCGAACAAUCAACAAAACAACCAGUACCAGCCUGGCCAGCAGGCAUAUGCGCAACCCUCAUACCAGUCCCGAGGCCCAGGUGGAAACCCCGACUCGACCACCAACGGCCUUGUUCACCAGUUCUCCCACCAGAACCUAGGCGGUGCUGCUCGAGGAAACCAAUACGCCAGACAACAAGCUGGUGCCCAGCGACCUCGAACGGCUGGUUCGAGUGGCCAACAGAACUACUACUCCGCUGCUUCUGCACCAGUUGUCCCCCAGCAGCCCGAGUUUGAGCCAGCUCCAGAGCGAAACCCAGACAAAUAUGGCCCUCUCACCCAUAACAACCAGAAGAGAUGUGCUCAGCUUGCCAGCGACUUCUUCAAAGACAGCGUCAAGCGUGCCCGCGACCGCAAUCUGAGACAAAGCGAAAUGGAGCAGCGUCUGAAGGACCCAAAUAUGUCGCAAGCUAGAAGAGAACAAACCUGGGCAAACACUGGCAGACAGGAGGGGAAAUAUCUGCGAUUUUUGAGGACAAGGGACAAGCCCGACAACUACAAGACACUUAAGAUUAUCGGAAAGGGUGCUUUCGGCGAAGUUAAGCUGGUCCAGAAGAAGCAAGAUGGCCGCGUCUACGCAAUGAAGUCUCUUGUGAAGACUGAGAUGUUCAAGAAGGACCAGUUGGCCCACGUUCGCGCCGAGCGUGAUAUUUUGGCCGAGUCUGAUAGUCCCUGGGUGGUGAAGUUGUUCACAACCUUCCAGGACUCUAACUUCCUCUACAUGUUGAUGGAGUUUUUGCCUGGUGGAGAUCUGAUGACCAUGCUUAUCAAGUAUGAAAUCUUUUCGGAAGAUAUUACGCGCUUCUACAUAGCUGAGAUUGUUCUGGCAAUUGAAGCUGUCCACAAGCUUGGUUUCAUUCACCGUGACAUCAAGCCUGACAACAUCCUGCUUGAUCGGGGCGGACACGUCAAGCUUACCGAUUUUGGAUUGUCUACUGGCUUCCAUCGCCUUCACGACAACUCUUACUACCAGCAGCUUUUGCAACGGCAGCCUGCACCAAAGCCCCGUGACCGCAACUCUGUUAAUCUCGACCAGAUCAAUUUGACGGUCAGCAACAGAGCUGUCAUUAACGACUGGCGUAGAUCUAGGCGUGUUAUGGCAUACUCCACUGUCGGUACACCUGAUUAUAUUGCCCCCGAAAUUUUCAGUGGACACGGUUAUUCAUACGACUGUGACUGGUGGAGUCUUGGGACCAUUAUGUUCGAGUGCCAGAUCGGAUGGCCACCGUUCUGCGCCGAGGAGGCACCUGACACUUACCGCAAGAUUGUCAACUGGCGCACAACCCUUCACUUCCCCGACGAUAUCCAGCUUGGAGCCGAGGCGGAGAACCUCAUCCGAAGUCUUAUUUGUAACUCUGAGAACCGCCUGGGCAGAGUCUCAGCGGAUGAGAUCAAGGCCCACCCCUUCUUCCGCGGUGUCGACUUCGACAGCCUUCGCCGCAUUCGUGCACCAUUCGAGCCUAGACUCACGUCCAACAUCGAUACCACCUACUUCCCUAUCGACGAGAUCGACCAGACCGAUACCGCUACUCAUCUCAAGGCUGCACAGGCUGCGGGCCAGGUUAGAGACGAGGUGCCUGAGAUGGAUAUCCCCUUCCUGGGAUACACCUACAAACGCUUCGAUACCUUCAACUCCAGAUAAUUCCAAGUAAUCUGUGAGAGAAGGCGGAGUUGACGACGUACGGAACAAAUAUCUGCGUGAUGAUUAUUUGAGCGCCCAGUAUCUGAUAUAUGUUUUUCAGAUGUCCACUAUUUGGUGUCCCGUUUUGCAUUGAUGAAGGAGAGUAUUUACUGUCAUCCAUGAUAGCAUUUUCCAGAUAUCCAGCGUGUUGACACGACUCUUAUGAUACACCUUUGGUUCAGUUAUAAGAAACGUCUUGAAAUGAAUUUCUCUGUUUCUCUAGAGGUUUAGGGAUUCGUGAUGGCACUGUUACAGUCAUUUUUAUGGCAUACUACAAUGUUUUGCUCCGGACAUCUGCAUAGCGAAAUGAGAGACUUAUGAGAG